AUGAACUUAAAUCUAUUUUUGGGAUCAUUUAUUUUAUUAUUAAUUGUGCCGCACACUGAGGGAACUACGUGGAAUCAACUUGUCGACAGGAUUACUGAGGCCAAGAAUGCAUUGACUAAUGAAGGAGCAACGGAAACCAUUCAACCACCACCAAAUCCACCCCGAUUUUUAGAGUCAAUUCAACACGUCGAUGUGACCAAAUUGAAAGCCGGUUUGAAGAAAUUAAACAAGCGAGCACAGGAGAGACAAAAAAAGAACGGGAAGAAAGAUCAAGUCGAUUCGAAAGUUAUGCAAAGAAUACAACAGAAAAUCAUCGAGAAAACGAAUCAAGCGAAAAUCCAGGAUACUGGUGAUAGCAUUCAUGAGAUCAAUCAAAAGUACGACCACGAUGAUCUUCUCUAUCAAAAGGAUAUCAUUCUUUCACAACAACAACUCGAUCGCAUUUUGAUCGAUACACAACAAGAGUCAAGCGACGAGAACCCAGUGCGGCGAAAAAGAAGACAAGCUGAAGCAUCAAAUGCCGGUUUAUGGCCAAACAAUCAAGUCUUCUACUAUUUCGAUGCAAACUUGACUUCCACAGCAAGAAACGCAAUUUUGAGCGGGAUUCAAUUUUGGGCAGAGAAUACUUGUGUCGACUUUGUGGAGAGUGCCACAGCUGUUAAUCGAAUUCGUUUUGCCGCACUUGAUGGUUGCUACUCGUUGGUGGGAUUUAUUGGCGGUGUGCAAGAUCUCUCGAUUGGGAUUGGCUGUGAAUCGAUGGGAACAGUGUGCCACGAGAUAGGGCAUGCGCUUGGUUUUUGGCAUCAGAUGUCACGGUAUGAUCGAGAUAAUUAUAUCACGCUUGAUUACACAAAUGUUGAUCCAAUCUAUUAUGGUCAAUUUGAUAAGGAAACGGUGAAAACGAAUAACAACUACGGGAUGCCAUAUGAUUGGGCGAGCAUCAUGCAGUAUGGAGCGUCGAGUGCAUCGAAUAAUGGCCGACCGUCGAUGAUCGCCAAAGAUUUGCAUUAUCAAGAUGCGAUGGGAAGUGAUGUUGUCGCUUUCUAUGACGUAUCGAUGAUGAAUGAAAGAUAUGGAUGCAAAGUUGAUACUCUAGUAAAAUGUUCUGCCUUUUCCGAUGUGGCAAUAUGUUUCAAUGGAGGUUAUCCACACCCAAGAAAUUGCAGUAUUUGUAUGUGUCCACGUGGAUAUGGAGGAUCACGAUGCCAGGAUCGGGCUCAAGCUGAUGGUUGUGGUGAUUACAAAAAGGCGUCUUCGAGCCCACAAAAUUUGACCGUUUCGUUGACCUCUUCAAGCACUUCGGUCACUUUGAAUAGCACUGAGUGCUCGUACGCUAUUUAUACUGAUCCGGGUGAGCGAAUCGAGGUGACAAUCGUCGCGUUGAGUUCACCGGCUUGCGUAGAUGGGUGUAUCUAUGGAGGGCUGGAGGUAAAAGCUGAUCAUGAUGUGAAAAUGAGUGGAUACAGGUAUUGUUGUCGUAACGAUGUGGGCCAAGUGAUCACCUCGGCGUACAAUUUCUUGCCGGUGAUCAACUGGAGUCGAUACCGAACGACGAGUUUCACGUUGAGCUAUCGAGCGGUGCCCGAUUCCACUUCAUCAUCUGAUUCAUCAACAAAAUUUUCCGCUCCCCAAAUGUCGAUUCUCAAUAAUUUGGGCGAUGGACCGAUCACCAAUCCACCAACCACAGUACCGACAACGACGCUAAAAACGACAACGACGAAAACGCCGACUACAAAGUCUCGAUGCCAGGAUCACAGCAAGAUGUGUAUGACAUGGCAAUACUAUUUCAACUUCUGUCAAACCUAUCCAACACUCUUUAAGAAAACCUAUUGUAAAAAGACGUGCGGUCUUUGU